UGAUAGUCGACUCCAGUGACAGGCUUGCAAAGGACCCAGCUAGCUCAUAGUGGCCAAGCUGGUAUACCCGACAACUGUCACGAGAGAGCUGUCAUGUUAGUGUAUCCUAGCUGGCAAACGUUGAGGUAAUAUGUAGUUAGAUUGCCGCAAUGUAACACUUACGCUAUAUUAGAUAUACAAUUAAGCUAAUCACGACACGGUUGCCAACUUGUACGGUUAGCUAGCUAAACUAUAUCCAGCUACAGUUGUGACCCCUUGAUGAGAACAAAGAUAGCUAUGUCGUACCGGUACGGUCAUUCAAUUAUUUCCCCUAUCCCUGGUUUCCUUUCCCAAUUAUUUCUAGCUACCAACCUAUCUGAUAUUUAUAAUGGUGGAAUAUCAGUUCAUUUUAUCAUCAAAGGUUAUGAAUGGAAUAGAACAUGUCAGUGACUUAGAUUAGUCUGUAGGCAACGUGUGGAUGACAAAAACGAGUUUGUCAGCUAUCACUUCCUGCUUUCCAGACGCAGAAGUGAUACUUCUUCAUACCUUUUCUGUAUGUUGCAGUUUAGGCCUUCCAACCCCCCCACUACUGAUCAAAAAUAGAAAUGUAACGUGUUGGUUUCAUGAGCUGAAAUAAAAUGCGAAGUGUUUCAUACACACAAAAAGCUUAUUUCUCUCAAAUUUGUUUACAGCCAAAGUGGACAGUUGUCAAGAUAAUCCAUCCCCCUGACAGGUGUGGCAUAUGAAGAAGCUGAUUAAACAGUGCGAUCAUUACACGGAUGGAUCUUGUGCUGGGGACAAUAAAAGGCCAUUCUAAAAUGUGCAGUUUUAUAACACAACGUCACAGAUAUCUCCAAGUUUUGAGGGAGGGUGCAAUUGGCAUGCUGACUGCAGGAAUUUCCACCAGAGCUGUUGCCAGAGAAUUUCAUGUCAAUUUCUCUACCAACGUCGUUUUAGAGAAUUUGGCAGUACAUCCAACCGGCCUCACAACCGCCGACCACGUGUAUGGCAUCGUUUGGGAGAGCAGUUUGCUGAUGUCAACAUUGGGAACAGAGUGUCCAUGGUGGAGAUUGCAGACUCUGGUUGAGGCUUGUUGGCCAGUGAAUGCAUAGAGUGAAGAAGGUCAAACUUGGAGACAAAACAGAAGGUUACUGGAAAAGUUGUUUAGGAGGGAAUAUGACGGCGGUGGACGGGCUAACAGACAGCACAGAGGUGGUGGAGAUGGAGGACGGUCCAUCUCAGUUCUAUGUGGAGAAGCACUCGUGGGGCGGCCUGCGUGACAUCAUCCACAGCAGCAGGAAGUACUCAGGAAUGAUCGCCAACAAAGCUCCCCAUGACUUCCACUUUGUGCAGAAAAACGAUGAGUCAGGCCCCCACUCCCAUCGACUGUACUACCUCGGAAUGCCUUACGGAAGUAGAGAGAACUCAUUGCUCUACUCGGAAAUCCCCAAGAAGAUCCGGAAAGAGGCCCUCUUGGUGUUGUCGUGGAAACAGAUGCUGGAUCACUUCCAGGCCACGCCGCACCAGGGGGCCUAUUCUCGGGAAGAGGAGCUCCUUCGGGAGCGGAAGCGCCUGGGAGCGUUUGGGAUCACUUCCUAUGACUACCACGCCCAGACCGGCCUGUUCCUCUUCCAGGCCAGCAACAGCCUCUUCUAUUGUCAGGACGGGGGAAACAAUGGCUUCAUCCAGUCUGCGCCCAUUAAGCCGGUGGAGAUUAAGACACAGUGCUCAGGGACCCGCAUGGACCCCAAGAUCUCCCCAGGACAGCCCAACUUCAUUGCUUUCAUCAACAACAACGACCUGUGGCUGGCUAACCUCAAGUCUGGGGAGGAGAGGAGACUCACCUUCUGUCACAAAGGUCUGGAUAAUGUGAAGGAGGACCCCAAGUCUGCGGGCGUGGCCACGUUUGUGAUACAGGAGGAGUUUGACCGCUUCACUGGCUACUGGUGGAGUCCCUCUGCCGUAGAGGACUCAGAUGGGGGCAAAACUCUGUACCUGCUGUAUGAAGAGGUGGAUGAGACGGAGGUAGAGAUCAUUCAUGUUCCCUCUCCAGCCUUGGAGGAGCGGAAGGCCGACGCCUACAGAUACCCCCGCACAGGCAGUAAAAAUCCUCAAACCACCCUGAAACUGGCUGAGAUAAAGACUGACAUACAAGGAAAAAUCGUGAGCAUUCAAGACAAGGAACUAGUUCUCCCCUUCACCACCCUGUUCCCUGGGACGGAGUACAUCUCCCGCGCAGGAUGGACGACUGAUGGCAAAUAUGGUUGGGCAGUGCUGCUGGACCGCAGUCAGAGGAGGCUCCAGCUGGUGCUGCUGCCCCCGGCCCUCUUCAUCCCCGUCACAGAUGACCUGGCCCAGAGGCAGAAGAACCUGGAGGCCGUGCCCCAUGACGUCCAGCCCUACAUCGUCUACGAGGAGACCACCGACAUCUGGAUCAAUGUUCAUGAUAUUUUCUAUCCAUUCGUUCAAACGUCAGAGGACGAGUUCUCUUUCAUAUGGGUGAAUGAAUCCAAAACGGGCUUCAGCCAUCUGUACAAAAUCACAUCAGCAUUGCAACCAGACUGCUACCAAUGGUCAGGAAGCUACAAAUACACAGAGGGAGACUUUAAAUGUGCAAUCAAGGAGGAGGUGACUCUGACCAGUGGGGAGUGGGAGGUUUUGGCCAGGCAUGGCUCCAAGAUCUGGGUGAAUGAGGCCUCUAAGCUGGUGUACUUCCAGGGCACUAGAGACACUCCCCUGGAGCACCACCUCUAUGUGGUCAGCUAUCAGUCCCCAGGGGACGUUGUCAGACUCAGCAAGCCUGGCUUCUCCCACAGCUGCUCUGUAAGCAAGAACUUUGAUAUGUUUGUCAGCCACUACAGUAACGUGAGCACUCCCCCCUGUCUCCACGUCUACAAGCUGACUGGCCCCGAGGGAGACCCUCUCCACAUGGUGCCUGAGUUCUGGGCCAGCAUGAUGGAAGCCCCAGGUUGCCCAGGAGACUACAAAUCCCCGGAGAUCUUUGACUUCCCGGGAAAGUCAGGCUUCCAGCUCUAUGGAAUGGUGUACAAGCCUCACAACCUUCAGCCUGGCAGGAAGCAUCCCACAGUCCUCUUUGUCUACGGUGGCCCGCAGGUCCAGUUGGUGAAUAACACCUUCAAGGGGAUAAAGUACCUGCGUCUCAACACCCUGGCCUCUCUGGGAUACGCUGUGGUGGUCAUCGACGGGAGAGGCUCCUGUCAGAGAGGCCUGAAGUUUGAAGGGGCUCUGAAAAACAAAAUGGGCCAGGUGGAGAUUGAAGACCAGGUGGAGGGGCUGCAGUACGUGUCAGAGAGGUUCAACUUUGUGGACCUGAGUCGCGUGGCCAUCCACGGCUGGUCCUACGGAGGCUUCCUCUCCCUCAUGGGCAUCAUCCAGAGACCCAACGUCUUCAAGGUGGCCAUAGCGGGCGCUCCCGUGACGGUGUGGAUGGCGUACGACACGGGUUACACAGAGCGUUACAUGGAUACACCUGAUAACAACCAACAGGGCUACGAGGAGGGCUCCGUGGCGCUGCAUGUGGACAAGCUGCCCAGCGAGCCAAACCGCUUGCUGAUUUUACACGGAUUCCUUGAUGAGAAUGUUCACUUUUUCCACACCAACUUCCUGGUGUCACAAAUAAUCCGCGCUGGAAAGCCAUAUCAGCUACAGGUCUACCCCAAUGAGCGACACAGUAUUCGCUGCCCUGAGUCAGGAGAACACUAUGAGAUCAUGCUGCUGCACUUUCUACAACAAUACCUCUGAAUGUCACCCCAUUCUGAAACCAACUGUAUACCUCCCCGAAACCUCCUCAACCCAGGCAUAAAGACCUCUGCAGCCACUCCCAACUACUCCCAACUUUACCAUGAACUGGUGAUCUCACUCAAUUAUACCUCCACCUGUCUCGGUUGCUCUCUCUGUCUCUCUGUCUCUCUGUCCUAUUCUUCCGUUCUCUCGUCCCUGCGCCUAAGGAGAUCCAAGGCAGGGUUGUGAAGUAUCACCUCAGACCGUGGAGGGAAAGGGGAUAUACAUUAUCUGGAGGCUGUCACAAUCCCUCUCUAGUUGUCUUCCCUUUCUCUGGAUUGUUUUGCCAAAUGUUUUUCUUUUUCCUCCAUUUUAUUCACUCAAGUCAGUGGUAGGAUUGGGGUUCCUCGAAAACUAAAUGGAAUCUAUACACACACACACACACACACACAGCAUAUUGGAGUUGGUGUAAUGGCUAGAGGAAGAAACCCUGCCUUUACUUGCAUCCAUUAACUAUUUUAAGUGUGUAUUGUUAAAAAAAAGAAAAUAUUUUUAUGGAUUCUUAUUCUUUUAUAAUGAGUGUCAAAUGAAGCCGCUCAUUGACAUAAUACAGUCAUUUUCUCUCCUCACAUUGCAGUGCUCACGGUGUCGACUUGCCUUCUGAAGACAUACCAUGUAUGCCAAAGUACUUCUUGACUUGAUCGUGCUGGUAUUUCCUUUUUUACGGCAAUUACGAUACAAGUACGAGCAGCCAAGUCUUAAACAGCUUUGUACCACCUGAAUAAAAUGUAUACGUGAUGAUGAAGAAUAAAUACAUGUAUGAUGAU